ACCCGAUAAGUCGAUAGCCGAGUACACUACUACUCCCUUACAAACAUGGCGAACCUGCUGAAAGAGGAUAGGCAGCAAAAGAGGUGAGAUGGCAAAAAGUGGAUAUAUUUCCACCAUUCUCUGGACAUGUUCAGUCCUGACAGAUAUCUCUAAAUCAAAUUAACUGGCUGUGUAUGGUUUUGUUGUCCAGCUGUAGCACAAUCACAGGUAUAUUAUGUCAUCCCCUGUAAUUAUUUAAUGUUUUUCGAUCUAUAAAGAUGCAUAAAUAAUAAUAAUAAUAAACUAUUGAUAAGUCAGUGGCCUCAUGAACUAUCACAUGUUUAUGUGUGAAUGGUAAGUAUGCAGGAAUAAAAUAUCUAUUCAUUUUGGAUUUGUUCACUAAACACUGGGUUGUAAACAGAAUUGUAAAACUUAGGCUAAAUUAGAGAAGCUGUGACUAUAGGUAACUUAGAGAAUUGUUUAAAAAAAAAAAAUGAGCACCGUUUGCAUGAUUAGCGCAAAUUGAUAUAAACCAAUAAACUAAUAGAUAAAAAAGAGAAAAUCUAUUCCAUACUUAUUCUUUUUUCUGGAUAUAGACCACUUCUAAAUUGGACAGGAGGAGCACCUCCCAAUUAAAUAAUAAAAGAGAUUACAUCCCCUACAUCCUCGGCUAGUCCAAAGCCACAAAACAAGAAGACAAAGUAAGGGCAAGAGUGUUGUGCUGCCUUGGCAAAUAUCCAGGAAAGGUGAUUAUGGAAUACAUUUCUCCCCCCACCCCAGAUGUAAUACCCAAGCUAAAGACAUAAGGGAAAAAGAACCAAUGAAGACCCCAAAAAAAUAAAAGCAUGAUGCAAAAAAAUUAUUAGAAAAAUUAAAGGAACCCUAUAGUCACCAGAGCAACUACAGUUUAAUGUAGUGGUUCUGGUGUUUAUAGCUGGUCUCUGCAGGCUUUUCAAUUGUUUAGAUUGGUGCCUGGGGACACCUACAGUGGCAGUCACUCUGACGACCACUAAAGGUGCUUCCUGUGUCAGUGCUGCACAGUAUGCAUGGAAGCGCUGAACAUUUCCCAUAGAGAUGCAUUAAUUCAAUGCAUCUCUGUGAAUAGAUGCUGAUUGGCGCACUGCGGCGUUUUGCCUGGGAAAUAGCUGAAACAAUCCUUUGACCAAUGGAAGUGGAAGAAGCUGAUUGGCCCAAUUUGUUCCCAGAUGGGACAGCAAACACACAUGAUGUCUUCAUGAUGUUAGAGGUGCGAGCCACGUAAACUGAGAGUCAACGAAUUGAAUCCAGACAAUGCCACCUUUCCUGUUCUUCUGUUAAAGGAUGGGGAAAAAUGCAGGCAAGACGAUACUGCCUUUAUCAGUGUUACAAUAUGACUAGCAGACACAGUAAUCACACCCGUUAACACAUUGAUCUUUAGGCACCCAGUGAUUUGAGACAAGAAAGAUGAUCAAGUAUGUACCCUGCACCCUUUUUUUCUGAUAUAAUGGUAGCAAAUUGCUACAAUUCUUCCACCUGGCUCUCACAGGUCAAAGUAGGAUUUUUUACUUUUCACUAUAUCUUGCAAGAACCAUCCAACUUGUUCACUAGCUGCAUAUAUAACUAGGACAGAGAGAGACAUCCAACAUUUAUCCUCUGUAGUGACUAAAACAUCAGCUCGAAAUAAACUCACGAACAGUGGUUUAUGGGAUAAGAACAGAAUAUUGCAAUUUAAUUUUGAAUUCACUAUAAUUCAGUGUAUUGUGAAAAAACGCCAUAGUGUUUUCUAUAAAAAAAAAAAAAAUACCAAAGUCUAUGUUUAAUUAAAGAUACUAUAAAAUGUGAAUAGAAUAACAUGGUUUUGUGUUUAUUUAAUGUUAGUGUGAAGAUUGCUCCUGGAGCAGUAGUUUGUGUUGAAAGUGAAAUUAUUGGAGAUGUCACUAUAGGUGAGUACAUAUUUUAAUUAACAUAAUUUAGUACGGUUGUGUUUUUGUUCAUAGCUCUGCAGCAAAAUGCUUUAUUUUACUGUACUGUAUUUUCUGUGUUUGUAGUUCUGGUUUUAUUUUGUUACCUCAGUGUUUGAUUGUGUGUAUUAUUGGCUGUUAGAGCAAAUGUAGUAGAGAAAACGUUCAUGGGAUGAAACACCCUGUGAUUUAAAAGAACAAGGAAAGAAAGAACGAUUUAGCAGUGAGUGUGUUUAAAGCUAUGUUUGGCAGAGUUUAAUCGUUUGAAGGUUAUACAAGGCAAACAAUGGGAAGUUAUGAUGUUGAAAUUACACAAGACUGUCAGAUUGCUCCAUUUUUUGAUGAAGGAAUAUUUUAAUCCCGUGAGUUUAUUGUAGUAGUUAUGGUGCUAGGAAUCUGUCCAUGAAAAUUAACCUCAAAGGGCACUUUAAGCACUGUAACCCCCCCACCUUCAGAGUAAACACUCAAACCGGUGGCGGUGCAAUGCUUGGCUCAUUGGCUCUUAUGAACUUCUGUAAGUUUUGUGGGGGGUUUUUUUCUGUGGGGGAGCUAGGGGAGUCAUUGCAAGGAAAUAUCCUUAAUACUUAGAAGAAUAGCUGAUAAGGCAGAAUUAGUAAGUGUAGCUUAUCUGCAUAAAUUACAUUGAUAUGUAAGAAUGGCUUUCUGAAAUAUUAUCAUAGAGGCCGUAUAUCUGGAAAUGGUCCCCUGUUUAAAAUAAAAUGUUAAAAAUUGCAUUCCUUCAUAUGCACCCAGAUAUUCUCAAAAAUCAGCUCUAUUUUGCAGAAUUUGGUAUUGGCUAACAAUCUGUCAGCUGAGUCGUAGUUCCCGCGGGAUGUGUGCUCUCAAUAUAUACUUAUUCAAUUGCAGUGGGUAAUGCAUUUAAACCUUGCAUUUUAAAUCAUUACAAGAAAUCCAUGAGUAAAAAUAGCAUGUUCAUUUUAAAUAAGGUGUAUCAUUUUAAAUAAGGAUUUUUGACAGUUUUUCAUUUUCAGAGAUCCAAAAGCAAAAAGCUUUAGAAUUUGAAAAUUGUAUAAAAUGGUGUAUAUGUUUCCACAAUCCAGGACCAAGAACAGUGGUUCAUCCUAAAGCUCGAAUAUUUGCAGAAGCCGGACCAAUCAUCAUUGGGGAAGGAAAUCUCAUUGAAGAGCAAGCAUUUAUCAGAAAUGGGUAACACUAGCUCAUGUGCCUAUCACACUUCACAAAAAUGAAUAUAGACUUAUCAUAUCAAAGCCAUAUAAUCUUAUAGUCUUAAUUGUUCCUGUGAACAGAAUCUUUUUUUCUAAGCAUGUAGUGUUCCAUCCCCCCUAUCGGUGACUAAAUAUUAGUAACAACUUUUUUUUUUUUUUUUUUUUAGUUUGUCACAACCACCUUAUGAAAUGGAAUUUAAACAUUCUUGUAUAUUGAAAUCAAUGUACCAUUUGUGGUAAACUGAGAAUAUGCCUGCUGAUAGCAAUGUGGUGCAGGGGUUCCCAACCCAGUCCUCAAGUACCCCUUACCAGUCUAGGAUUGAGGGAUUACCCUGUUGUGUCUAAAGUUUUUUUUGUAUGUUUUUUAAACACUUUAGUUACAACUGGGUGAUCCUGAAAUACUGGGUUGGGAACCACUGAUCUAGAGCAUUCAUGGUCCAAUAAACAGAUCUUAUUGGAGAGCAAGAAAAAGUGUGCAUUUAAUAAUGACCAUGGGUGGAAUAAAUUACCUGGUUCACUCACCAGAUAUUACUUGAAUUUGUAUGGACCCUUAUCCAUGGUAUUUGACAAACCUUUACAUAAACAAUGUUUACUCUACCAUACAUUACAAGUGUUUACUGUAAAUAAUGUACAUUCAAAAUAUCAACAACAAAAAAGAAAUGAGAAAGAUCCUCUUUAAUAAAUUGCCAGAAUCAAAAUACCACUCACAUUUAGCUUUUCGUGAGAGGUUACAUAUAAUUCUUCUUGAAAACAAUUUUUUUUUUUUUUUUUUUUUUAAAAAGCACAAUUAUGUACAUGUCAUGUACCUUUUUUAUGUAAGGAUACAGAGGAAAUCCCAUGACACUUAUUUUAUACACCCUAUAAUUCAUUGUGCAGAACACUGCAGAUAUAAUCAUUACAAACUGAAGUCAAAGGAUGAAUUGCAUCUACCCAUAGCCAAUUACAGUGAAUAUGAACAUUACCAUAACAGUAGAUUUAAAUAUUAUGUACAUGUCAUUUUGCUGGUCCAAGGCACACAAGCUCAGACAUGCUCUUGGGGACACACAUGCACUGCACACAUAUGCACAUUCCCAGACACAGCAAUUCUGUGCAGUUUGUUUUAAAGGGACACCACUGUCACCAGAACAACUACAGUUUAAUUGGCGUUUUUUGCAUUUUUCACACACAAACAAAUACUAACGCUUUGGCCAGGGUUUGUGACCAAAUGGCUACUAAAAAAGACUGGACAUACCCCAUUUGCAAUACCUUGGGUUGUCUACUAUUGCAAAUGAUAUGCCAUUAUGGGUGUAAAUUUCUUUCCUGGGCUACUAUACAGUCCCAAAGGCAACGUAACCAAUCUGGCGAUUUCAAUUUCAAAUGUAACAUGCUAUAUUUGACCAUGUAACUUCCCAAAAUGCCAUACAACCUGUACACAGGGGGUACUGUUUUACACGUGAGACUUUACUAAAUACAAAUAUGUGUAUUUUAUUGCAGUAAAAGCAAACAGUAUUAUGACAUUGACCGUUAAAAUGUCAUGUAGAACUAAAAAAAAUAAAAUAAAAUCUUAUUUUCUCCCAUUUGUUUCAUAUUAAAUUAUGUUUCAUAGCUAAAUAUUUGAUAUUAAAUGAAAGCCCUGUUUCCCCUGAAUAAAAUAAUAUAUAUAAAGGGUGGGUGUAUUUAAUAUGAAAGAGGUGAAUUACGGUUGGACAGACAUGUAGCGCAAAUGCCAGGUUUUGUUUACAUUUUGUUUCGUUCACAACGUGUACAUUUGGCUCCGUCCUUAAGGGGUUAAAGGACCACUAUAGUGCCAGGAAAACAUACUCGUUUUCCUGGCACUAUUGUGCCCUGAGGGUGCCCCCACCCUCAGGGUCCCACUGCCGCCGUGCUGGAUAGCGAGGAAAGGGGUUAAACUUACAUUUUUUACAGCGCCGGGCGGGGAGCUCUCCUCCUCCUCUCCGCCUCCGAUCCUCCUCUUCGGCUGAAUGCGCAUGCGCGACAGGAGCUGCGCGCGCAUUCAGCCGGUCUCAUAGGAAAGCAUUUACAAUGCUUUCCUAUGGACGCUGGCGUCUUCUCACUGUGAUUUUCACAGUGAGAAGCACGCAAACGCCUCUAGCGACUGUCAAUGAGACAGCCACUAGAGGCUGGAUUAACCCAUUUAUAAAAAAAAAAAGGGUUAAUCCUAGAAAGGAAUAUAAUUAAAGGGAAACAAUGGGAUAAAAAAUAUAUUUCCUAUUUUUGACUGCUAUAAAUAUAAUGAAUUAAGAAUAAUGCAAAAUAAAAUAAAUUAGAGGAAAAAAAUGACAGUUUUAAUGUUCCCUCUGUACGGUUUAGUGUAUCUGCCUGCAGUUACAGACAUACCUUUGGCAGGAAGAAACUCCUAUCCCAUAAAACCCUUCCUUUCUAAGAAAAUUAAAGUAGCACAGACUGGGUCCUUGCAACAUAUGGGGGCUAGAGUAACCAAUUAACAUGUAAAUUUUAAUACAUAUCUUUCAGCUUUCCUGAAAAUAUUGCACCAGACUCAGAGGAUGUAGAUCCAAAAACAAUGGUCAUCGGCACUAACAAUGUAUUUGAAGUUGGAUGUUGUAUCCUUUCUAUAUGUACAUGGUAUAUUAUCAAGUGUGUGUUUGCUUGUGUCCCAGUCUGACCUCUUGGCUUCUGAAACCGAUACGUACACUCCAUAUAAUCCUUAAGGACACAUAAACUAUAGCAUAGUAAGACUUUGUCCUCCAUCCAUUUGUCCCCUUUGUGUCUUACUGAACAUCUGAAAACCAUCUGUCUCCUUCACUUGUCGUUUGCAUGUAGUUUUGUUAUUAACCCCUUAAGGACACAUGACGGAAAUAUUCCAUCAUGAUUCCCUUUUAUUCCAGAAGUUGUGACCUUAAGGGCUUAAACACUCCAGACUGGGUAGUUUUCAUCACAAUCAAAUGCUGGUGGCAUGAAUAACCUUGUUUUCAUGUGCCAUUUUUUUUUCUUUGCCCAAUGAAAGUUUGUUUUUUUAUUUUUUUCCAUAUACAAAUAGAAAAAUGAUAUUAAUUUGUAAUUAUGAAGUCAUUAUUACCUUAGCUGCAAAUCUAGAUUCUCAAGCAAUGAAGAUGGGAGACAACAAUGUAAUUGAAUCCAAAGGUAAGAUUUUGAUAUUCAAAUUCAGUAAAACAGUGUAGUACACACAUUAACAUCGAAGCUUGGUGCAGCAGAUCUAGCGUAAAGACAUCAGUAAUAUACAAAAAAAGGAAUCAAAACUGUAUACAUGGUUUUACAGCUGCUUGAGGUAAAUUUACUCUUUUCACUAGUGGAACUGUUAUCUAGAGAAUGGCUGAAUGGGUCUUGAGAUCCUGUAAUAAUCUUAUAGUUCUAUCCUGCAAGGCAUUUCCUGUGCAUCAAAGUUCAAAAAUUGGACAGAAAGAAAAUGGUGAGAUGCAUAACCUCUUGUAGCUAUAGCGUUUUAUUUAAUUUUAGCAGCAAUGAAGCAGGUGUUUGUCAUUGUUGUGUCUGGGGUAUAUAUGACUAUCAGGUGCUAAAUGAGCAGCAGGUCCCUUCCUCUCUUUUGAGGCCACAAUUGUGUGCCUUAAAAUGAAAGUUUUCAAAGAUUUUCAGUAAAAACUAAUUAUGUCCAAGUCAGCAAGCAGCCAUAUGCAUCUCUGUUAUCUCUCUUGGAAUGUGUUUUAGUGAAUAUUUGUAAAUAUUUAAAUGGAUACUUAUAGAAAACGAAAGUUAUGUAUCUUCCUAUAAGUAAGGUAGGAAAGCGGACUUACAAAUAACACCAGUAUUUAACUACUGAAAGGUCACAAAACAAAUACUCAUACUUGCUUACAGUGAACUAAGAAACUAUUAAUUGGAAAGUAGAGCCUUCCUAGAUUUUGUUAGACUUCAUGUACCAUGUAAUUGCUUGAAUGCUUGGCUCUGUCACUUUCAGGGGUCUUUGCAUAUUUUGGGUGGAAGCUAAUGGUAGAUAUGAUUACCGAAUCACUCCUUCAUAGGCAACACCAUCUUCCUUCUUCAGCUUCUGGCAUUUCAUCAACCAGGAGCCCUGUCACUGCUGUGCUCUCACACAUACCUGAGAGUACAACACAAAGAUCUGUGGAAGAGUCCGUGGGGUCCUCCAUAGAUAAACAUGAGAAGAUGUUUCACUCCCACAGUCAUCAUUAGCUCUGGUUUGGGGAAUUAACAGAAGUUAAUGGUGCAAGUUGACAUUUGAAGCAACCUGGGCCUAGUCCAUGAGAUAAUUAUUCCCUGCUUUGCAUGAAAUCUCAUUGAGGUUCCAGCACAGUUAACAUGCCUAUUUUAUAAAAAAUGUAUUCGUAUGAAAUACUGAUAAAGUGACUCAAGGUGACAGAGAUACUUUAACACAUACUCAGUCCAUUUGAAGUCUGUGUAUGGAGCACCCAGAAAAAGACAUCUACUCUGUAAAACUCCUGGCUUUCACCAUAGGACUCAUCACGACAGCCUUAACAGAAGACACCCUGGCUGUAUUUACCACUAAACGGACAUAUCUGCUAUUAAUGUCACAGUUAAGGUUACAGUACGUAUCCGUUUUAAUAUCCUGAGUAUUGCAGAUGAUAACCCAGUAUGCCACAACCUGCCUGGUGGUACUAUACUUAAAUGAUUAUCUUAGCUAAGCUAUUGUAUCAUAAAAGCGUCCGCAUACACAUCAGUACUUUAUGUACUUAAUAAUCACACACUCAGUCUCUGGUCCCAAGCGGACUCUUAGUCUAAUGCUUUAAAAUGUGUGGUGACUUUACUUAAUGUUAGCAACAUGAUUCAACAUGUUUAAUAAUAUGUUUGGUAUGUAUUGGAGGUUACCAUGACACUCUGUUUAACACUGAUUAGCAUCUUAAGCAGUACUAACACACUACUCGCCAGUCGCAUGACUAUAGCCCCUUCAGUAUACCAAUAUCUUUUCUUAAAACCUUCCAGGUAAUCAAUGUGCAUACCCUGCUUUGCUAACGCUUAAGAGAUACAUAUAGAACCUGAUAAUUUAAUUUCAAAAUGUGCAGUGAUACAGACAUAUGUUAAAUUGUCCAAGUUAUGCUCUCUCAUGAUAUCAUAUGCAAUGUCUGUGUACAUCUGUGAAACUUGCAAUGCACAACAAAAAUAAAGAAUUAAAAAAAAAAAAAAAACUCCUGGCUUUCCACUGCCUCCUGUGUUUUGCCUAAAAGGAAAAUACACAAUCUGUUUACACUACUACAGAGAUCAAAAAAUUCUGCUUUGUCAUGUCAUAUAUGGAAUAUACAUUACAUCUGAUUUUUACCUUGUUAUAAAGGAAAAGACAAAACUAUAUUGCAUACCAUUUUUCUAACAGAGGAAACGCGAAUGAGAGAAGUCUUUAAAUUCUCCCAAGCUUCUCUUAUAUAAACUCAAAUUUAUUUCUCCAUCCUCAUAAAAUCCCUUUAGCCAAACUUAGAGUGCUGGGCUAAUUGCAAGUUGGAGAGAACAUAAUUGUUCUACUUCUAAAAUUUAAUUAGCAAAUAUUAUUUAAACAAAAGGCAGGAAGCUUAGAAAGGAUAUGUAAACGUCCAGCUAAAGGCUAUCAUCACAAAACUGGGGAGGAAAGGAAAUGCCAUUGCAAUAGUCUAAUAUUGCAUUCUGUUUUAGAAAUUCAAACCAAAGAGGAAGCCAGAUAAGAAAUAUUCGGAUUUAGAUGCACAUUUAUAGAAAGUAGACUGUAGACAAAUGUUUGAGCUUUUCAAUGCAAAGAAUUUGGAAACUGGCCAAGAAUAAAAUGUGAAUAGAUAUCGCCGAGUUUUUUACAUUAAAUGCGUGUUGCCAUUUGUUGAGUAAUUUAAUGCCAUAUUGUUUAAAUUGCCACCUGCCUUCAUUCAACAGAUAACAAGCUCACAAAUGCCCUCUAUAAAAUAUAUUCUAUAAGGAAACCUAUUACGAUCUGAAACCUGUACAGUUAGUAGGCACUAAACCAAAAAAAAUAAGGCAGUCAGGUUGACCAAGCAUAAUAUAAUUUUCAUUACUCCCUUUGGUAGAUGAAGACUGCUUAAAUUAACUCUGUCACAAAAAAAAAAGUUCAUCUAAUCUACUUCUGUAGAGCUCCCUGUGUCUCCGAUUUUGCAGAGCGGCAAUUUUUUCAGUUGCAGCGUUAAAACUACAGGAAUAUGGCGCCCAUGUCAUUUAAUUAAGGUGAAGUAAUCUGGGUGCCUAUAGUGUACCUUUAACAGCCAGUCUUUGUCUUUCAUUUUUUAUGUUCUAGUAAAGUCAUUUUUUUUUAUUUUUUUUUUACAUAUGGAAUCCAAACAGAAUACAGAUCCUAAUUCAGAUCUUUGAACGAGCCAAUUUUCCACUAUGGGUAUUUAAUUGCAUUAUAGCAAAAGGUUUGCAUUACUGUACUUUAACACAUUUAUGUGUCUGGUACCCAGCUGGGAAAAUCAGCUACUGUAAACAUAGUAAGGGUGCGAUUUGUUCUAACGUGACUUGUCAUUAACGCAGUUGAAAGGUACGUAUAGCCAUACAUAGUUUAUAUGUGCAGUCAUGGUCAAAGAAAGUAGACCCUCUAUGAAUUCUACUGUUUUACAGUUCCUUAGCAGGUCUUAAAAUUAGGUAAUACAACCUCAAAUACAACAACACAUGACAAAAUGCACAAAAUUAACAAAAAUAAGUGUGUGUGUGUGUAUAUAUAUAUAUAUAUAUAUAUAUAUAUAUAUAUAUAUAUAUAUAUAUAUAUAAUGUUUUCUGAUCCACAUAUGACUAUGCACAGAAAAAAAAAUCUUUUAGAGCUAAGACCAUCCAUUUCCACGUGAACCCAUCUGUUUUUACAUGAAGAACCACUCUAAUCCUGUCCACCUAGGUAGAGCUGACCAAACAGCAAGAUCUGAAGAGGUCCCAGAUAUACCCAUGGUGUAUGUUUUCUUAUUAUUUUUGUUUCUCAGUCAAUAAAAUGUGUCUUUUAUUUGACUCUUUGCAAAGUAGAGCUACUAGUUGUACUUUGUUGUUUUUCUUGUGCAGGUUUUAUACUUCUAGCUCUUACUAAUAUUUAUUCAUGUCUAUUAUUCCAGCAUAUGUAGGUAGAAACGUUAUUCUAACCAGUGGCUGCAUCAUUGGAGCCUGCUGCCAAGUUGACACCUGUGAAGUUAUCCCAGAGAAUAGCGUGAUAUAUGGAUCUGAUUGUCUGCGCAGAGUGCAGACCGAGCGUCCACAGGUCAGUACCCUCCUAGAGAUAUAUAGAUCAUCUCUUUUUGGCUACUGCCUUUGAUUAAAACACAUAUAAACAUUCAAUUUUGACUCUAUUUUUGAUUCAUUCAGCCCCAGACGCUUCAGCUGGAUUUCCUGAUGAAAAUUCUUCCCAAUUAUCAUCAUCUGAAGAAGACCACAAAGUUUACUUCCACUCCAAUGAAAAUUUGACUGAAGAAGAAUCAUCUGUUGAGAAAUCUUGCGUAAUGUCACAUAUGUGCGUUUUAUUUUGUAUAACAUUGUUUAGCUAUAUCUAAGCUAUUUAUUUGUAAAUUAAUGUCUUGCUAAUAAAUGUUUGGUUAUAGAGGAUUUGAGUGAAGAUAAUAGCAUAGGUGUUUUUGCAGUGAAGAGAAAAAAAAAAAACUUAACAAGCCUCUAAAUUAAAAGAUAAAUUUAAAUAUUAGUUUUGCCUUGAGGGGCAGGCUAAUCCAUUAACGUGUUACUAACAGUAAUAGCCACUUGUAUUCCUCAAGGCUUUUCAGUCAACUGUAUUUAUAGUUAUACUAGAUAUUCUGUUGUGCAACUACUCACCUCCUGAAGCACAAAGUGCAUUUCAUUAAUUUUACAGCAGAUGGCAGUACAAUCUCCUCCUAUAAUUUGAUGUGCAGUGAAGCAAAGAAAGGUUAUUUUCCUCCUAUUUUAAGAAAUAUAUGCUGCUUUCUUUUUUUUCUUGCUAUAUUUUAUUAAACUAGUCGUUCAUAAACUUCUUAGUUUUGGUCAUGACCCAGGGAGUAAAACAAAUACAUAUAUUAUCUUUAGCAAAUCUGAAAGCUCUAUGAACCUUUUCAUCUUCAGACUAUGUGACAGUUUGGUUUCUCUUGUAUUUUUAAUUAUCAAGAGACAUAUUUAGAAUAUUUUCUCUAUGAAUUCAGCAAACAAUUUAAACAUAAGUUAUAUACGUUACAGUCAACUGAUUCCUAUGUAGUCUGGUAAUAUCUGUAACCUGGGUUAAAUGUAAAUUCAGCUUUGAGCUGCACACCACUAUUCACUGACAUUCCUUUUUCCCCUCAUAUUAAUGUCUAAAAUGGGUACAAACCGUUACAAUACAUGAAAACAUAUUAAAUCCAUUUACAAAUUAAAAACAUUACACUCUUUGAA